CAACAACCGGGCCAUUUUUAAACCGUCAUUUUAUUGGAGAGCAUUUCAACUCUUCGGCCAAUCAUAUAGCGAAAAUAACGAAACUUCACUGUCAAGCGCCGGCCCCCCGAGGGGAUAUUGAGGGUGAGUGGAUAGUGUACCUACAUCGGGAGAUAAUAAAGUGUGAAAAACCGUUCACAGAUAGUGAGUACAUGAAGGAGACAUUCAUCAACAUAUCACAACACCUAUUUGGAGACUUCAAAAACAAAACCAAGGUAAUUAAACAAAAAAAUCAGACAUGCCCAGAUAAGGGGCACGUUAUGCACGUUCCAUUUUGUUGUUUUUCGAAACCUCAAAAUAAAAAUGCCAUCAAAAAUUUCAUCAACAAGCAAGCCUGUCAGUCUCAUCAGACCAUAGGACAUGGUUCCAGUAAUCCAUGUGCUUUGUUGACAUGUCUUCAGCAAACUGUUUGCGGGCUUUCAUGUGUACCGUCUUCAGAAGAGGCUUCCUCCUGGGGUGACAGCCAUGCACACCAAUUUGAUGAAGAGUGCGGCGUAUGGUCUGAGCACUAACAGGCUGACCCCCCCACCUCUUCAAUCUCUGCAGCAAUGCUGACAGCACUCCUGUAACGAGUCACAUGACCUUUUGGAGGGACAAUGACAAGCAGUACUCAAUUUGGACAUUUUGGGAUGUACGUUUUUUUCAAAGGGGUGUACUCUUGUUGCCAGGGGUUUAGAUAUUAAUGUCUAUAUUUUGACUUAUUUUUAGGGGAAAAUAAAUCAACUCUGUUAUAUAAGCUGCACUCAAACUACUUUUCAUUGUGUCACUUUGUCAGUGUUAUCCCAUGAAAAGAUAUACUUAAAUAUCUGCAGAAAUGCGAGGGGUGUACUCACUUUUGUGAUGCACUGUAUUUUGGACCACUUCAUGUGGAUUUUGUGGCUUCCUGUUGAUUGAUGACUGUCAAAAUUUGUCAAAUUUUGGUAAUACUACAUUUUUGGCAAAAACUAUACAACUUUUAUGCACCUUGAUUUCCUGAAUUUUUUAUGUGUGUUCGUUCAUUCGCUCCAGCCAGUCAAAAAAAAAAAAAAAAAAAUGGAUUCGACAUCUAGCGCCAUCAAUGGGAGCGAAUGAGUUAAAGGGGACGUUCAGAGUUUUUGACAUUAGGCCUAAUCUUCGAGUUAGCAGGGGUUUAAUUAGUCGGGGGAGUAAAUUAUAACAAAUUUAGUGCAGUUAGUUUGUUAUUUAUUAGUUUCAGGGCUCCGGAGUAACUAGGCUAGCGCGAGGUAAUGGGCCCAUCCUAGCAUGCCAAUAAAAAACGAUAUAUGCACACAUGAAAAUAACUGAUGACCCAUGCAAUCAAUAGUGUUUGCUAUGUUUUCAGUAUGAAGUUAUUAAAAUUUACCAUUGCAUGUCAACAACUGUAGUAUGAACAACAACACUUGUAAUCCAGCAGCUCUGUAGGUAACUGGCUGCAGAGCGGAGUGAUAUUUUUUCCACUGGCAUUUUUUUGUCCUAGCCAGCAACGAGUAUCCACCGUUUGUGUUAUUCCUCGUUCUUAACGGAAUUUGUGGGAACUCUCAUUUGCCCAUUUGAUUAACAGCCUCUAAAUGCACAUUUCACUAUGUUGCCGUUCUUCAGUCAAGACUCCGUAGACUGAUGCUGCAUUCACGGAAGGCGGGAAGUUGGAUUUUUCCAACCUCCGACCAGGAAAAAUAUCAUUGAAAUGCCACUCGAACUGGGAGGCCCUAGUUGCGAAGUCAGGGGAAAAAUGUACCCCGACUUCACGAGUUGCUUCAAUCAGACGUCACUCGACAAAAUGCGCUGCCUGUCGAAAAAGCAGACCGUCAAUAGUAAAACUAAAGGCAGUUUUCAGUGUGGUCUAUUUACCUUGGCUGUUGUUUUUCCUCAACUAUUUGAUCACCUACGAGAAGGUAGGUUUGCUGGAGGUCAACAUGUCUUUUGAUGGCCAAAAUAUAAAAUGCUUGGAAUGCUUUGAGGUCGCAAUUGGUACCAUCUGAGUAGGAUAAGUCCCACAUCCCACCUUCCUCAAAUGCAGCAUGAGCACGAUUGGUCAAAGCGCUCUUCUCUAUUGUGGUCGAAUUACGCAUCUAAAAAAAAAAAAAAAAUAGUCCCGCAGAAAUAAAUGAAUUUUGGCAGUUUGGUGUGACAUUGUUUUGGCCGCAUGGGUAUUUUGAACAACGAUCUGCAUUUUGAAUUUAUUUGACUAUGUUAGAUCUGUUAAUAUUAGGGCUGUCAAACGAUUAAAAUUUUUAAUCGAGUUAAUUACAGCUUAAAAAUUAAUUAAUCGUAAUUAAUCGCAAUUAAUCGCAAUUCAAACCAUCUCUAAAAUAUGCCAUAUUUUUAUGUAAAUUAUUGUUGGAAUGGAAAGAUAAGACACAUGACAGAUAUAUACAUACAACAUGCUGUACAUCAGUACUGUAUUUGUUUAUUGUAACAAUAAAUCCACAAAUGGCAUUAUUAACAUUCUUUCUGUUAAAGUGAUCCACGAAUAGAAAGACUUGUCGUUCUUAAACGAUAAAUGUUAUAGUUACAAGUUAUAUUAAUUUUAUAUUAAAACCCCUCUUCAUGUUUUCGUUUUAAUAAAAUUUGUAAAAUUUUCAAUCAAAAGUAGAGUUGAUAUAAUAAUAAGAAGAAUAAAAAUAGAGUGAAAAGUUUUACGUGUAUUUUGCAUAGCUAAAUUGAUAUGGAAUGCCAGUUUAUUUAGCAUUGUUGUUUAACUGUGUGUCAGAAUAGGGCCUCAUUACUAUAGACUGAAGUGCUUUUCUUUUUGAGAACUUUUUUUUUUUUUUUUUUUUUUUGAGAGAUAGGAAUAUUAUUUUUGUUGUGCUUUCACUAAACGAUACUUAUGUUUGUUGUGAAGGAGAAGCUUAUGCCAAUAAACGGCGCGCCUGUGUCCACUCGCCUUUACUGUAUAACAUAUACAGUGGGGAGAACAAGUAUUUGAUACACUACCAAAACCCAUUGGCAGUGAAUCAAAUACUUGCUCUCACCACUGUAUCUGUACAUAUCUUACCCAAAAUAAAACAAGAGACACAUAAUUGCCACUAAAAGAAAGAAAACUUACCGAAAUAUGUGUGGAGCACAAAUAGCACUUUGCAUUGCAUUGUGAACACAGCAUAAACGUCUCACAACUACUAAUUCUCUCACGUUUAGAAGACAUAACAUGAGUAUGGAACGGCGCUGCCCCCAAGCGGCCGGUGGCAUUCUCUUCACUCUUAAUGUCCAUAAACGGCCUCAUUGUAAUGUUUGAGGCAAUAUGCCAGCGGAUGCGUUAAUUGCGUCAAAUAUUUUAACGUGAUUAAUUUAAAAAAUUAAUUAACGCCCGUUAACGCGAUAAUUUUGACAGCCCUAGUUAAUAUCGUUUUUUUUAUUGGCAUGCUAGGACGGGACCAUAGACUCGCGCUAGCUUAGCCACUCCAGAGCCCUGAAAUUAAUAACCAACAAACGGCACGGAAUUUUAUAUCAACUCAACCGAUUAAUUAAACCCUCGGUAUAAUCAAAGAUAAUGUCAAAACUUCUGAACUUCUGCUUUAACAAGUAGCCCACGGGAGAGAGCAAAGCAUCCCCAUUUUCUAGUUCCAACUUGUUUUUCCAGCCCCACUGCUUUCAUAUCCUCAUUUAAAACACGUCUUGGCACGCCCCUGCCCUUCAUCUCAAACAUUACCUUACCUGGGGAAAGAAUGAAACUACUGUUACCUGCUUAGGAAAUAAUUUCAGAAUUCAAACAGUAUGUUUAUUAACUGAUUUAGCAAUAUAACCAGAAUCUACAGUACACCUUGAAAAAAUCCAAAGCAAGAAUAUGCAAAUCUUGCAUUUCUGAAUACUGUAUGUUGUGCUAUUUGAGUGAACACCAGCCUUUUUACACUUUAUAGGUGAGUUCCACCUGUCGCACUAUAGUUUGUCACGUUCCAAUUUUCUGGUAAACUGUCAGCAAUACAGUCAUUUGGUGCGGCCUGCUUACUAUGAAUUGAAUUUAUGAAGAAUGUUGCAUGUCACACUAUUGCAAACAAAUAAUAAUUCACAAUUGAUUAACCUGCUCCAAUAGUAAUAAUCUCAAUUGGAGUAAAUCUUCCAUUUACAGCAGUGUUGAGUAAAAACUAAUCAGUGUAGAUCAGAUCAGUGUAUUUGACAAUAUCCUGUUUUAUAUCCUGUUUUUGAUCGCGAAGAACUUAACGGUGUCAUGUAAAGAAGAAAAGAAAAUGUGUUGACACAGGCUUGGGAGAGGCCAGCUAGGUAAAGGUGAGCUUUGGGCCAGACCAGGUGCUUCAUUAACUCAUUUUUACUGUGCCACUUCCUCCAAGUGCCUUUUGCAGAGAGCUAAGCGAAGACGCAAAAAAAGAAAGAUUGUGCACUGACAACCUUGGGAGACUUGGCAGCAAUACCUGUCUGUCAAGAUUUUCCUUGUUGGAUGAAGAGCAAAAGGAGCAGGUAGUGUACUGAGAUUUUUGUCUCUGCUAUCUCUCUCUUGUAACACAUUUUUAGCCACAAAUCACUCGGUUGGUUUAAACUGAGGGGAGUUGUUGCAGUUUUUUCAAAAGGAGAUGAGCAGUUUUUGGUGCAUCGUACUCCCAGCGUUGGGAGGGUACAUACUCGCCUCGUUGUACCUGCUGAAGAACCCCCACAUUCUCCAUAAGAAGAAAUGCAUGGGAUUCUACUGUACACACAUUUCCCACAGAGGAGGAUGUGGAGAGCGGAUCGAAAGCACCAUGGAGGCCUUUCGUCACGCAGUGGAGCAGGGAACACAGAUGUUUGAACUGGACUGUCACUUGACACAUGAUGGAUAUGUGGUGGUUUCUCAUGAUGAAAAUUUACUGAGGCAGACAGGCCAUGACAUUACCAUCUCUUCAAUCAGCAUGCAGGAUCUACCCUUGUAUAAGCAUAGGCUUGAGGUAACUUUUUAUACAGGUCACUAUAGCAGUGGUUUUGACAGGAGGUUUGCCUUACUGGAGGAUAUAUUCAGAAAGUUCCCAGAGGUCCCUGUCAGCAUUGAAAUUAAAGAAAACAACAACCAGCUGAUAGAAAAGGUGUCUGAGUUGGUCAAACGCUACCAUAGGGAGGAGAUUACUGUCUGGGCUUCCGUGAAUUCAAAAAUCAUGAGCAAGUGCCGCAAAACGAAUGGAGCCAUGCCGUACAGUUUUUCCCUGUAUCGAGGUGUGCUUCUUCUUCUCCUCUUCUACAGUGGCCUGCUGCCCUUUGUACCACUGGGAGAGAGUUUACUACAAUUCUACCUGCCACGUAUAUUCAACAGAACAUUUAUUCCUGAGAAUAAUCUUUUGAGGAACAGAUUGAUUGUUUCUUUGAUAGAAAAAGUAACAAUGAGGAAGAGCCUCUUCAAACAUCUUGCAGCCCGUGGAAUCCAGGUGCAUUUGUUUGUGUGCAACACAGAUGAAGACAUAAGAGCGGCUUUCAAAGUGGGGGCAACAGGGGUCAUGAGUGACUAUCCCUCGCUUCUAUCAAGCUAUCUCUUAAGAAAUACUCAGGAGUGACCUCUCAACGUUCAAAUGCAAUACUGUACCUCAUAACUAGAGCCUUUCUUGUGCACAAAGAUUGAAAGAGACUGAAAGAGAAAAGCUAUCAGGAUUACUCAUUUAUAGUAUGACUGAAUGAUCGCCACUAUUGGAGAUAUGAUCUGAUACAGACAGCAAAGUAUGACAUGUACAUUUCCCACUAACAUGCCCCAAAAGCUAAUUUCUUAGUAUUGUGACUCUGCUUGAUAGGUCAUUAUUUGAAUGAGCCAUCUUCCUGUGGAGAACAAAUGAUAACCUGUUUUAUGUGUGAAUGUGGUAAUAUAAUUGGAAUGUUAACUCAUCCACUGCCAUUGACAAUGAUAGACAUUGGGUGGUCAUGUUUGAAUGCCACUGACGGCAAUAGAUAUCCAAUCCAAUUUGACUGGGGGGCAGCGAUCGAAUGAUUGUUGCCAACAAUCCCAGUCAAAAUGAAUUGGAUGUCUAUCACCGCCAAUGAGUUAGCAAUAAAAGCAAAUAUAGAAAAAUGCGUAUCCUUUUUUUCCAGGUCAUGGUCAAAGUCUGACCACAUUGCUGUGGUACUAAUCAAACAGUCUCUCUUGAGAGAGAGAACAAAGGCUGCAUUUUUCUGACCCG